CGUCCGACCCGACCCUUUCGUCAGCUUUUAUCUCUUCAUUAUCCAUCCAGAAACAAAAUAAUAUAAUAUACCACACCUGGCCUUCUUCCUCCUCUCAUUGGACACCUCCCAAAUGAGAGAUGCUCCUUCUUCAUCUUCAUUUUUAGUUUACCAGCCACAAGCUCUUCCUCCUUUCUCCAUUAAUAUCCAGAAUGGGCUCUUUUGUCUUUGCCCUAGCGCUUCAGUUGAGGUGCGUUAAGCUUGAUGCCUAAGCAAAAAAAAUGGCAUCAUUUUGAUUUUGAUGUCUUGUCAUUUUAUAGGUACCCCUGGUCUGCAACAGUUGUGAUGGUGAUUUUGAGCCAUUGAAAUAAGAUGCCCUUCUUUUCUUCUUUGAUUUAAUGGGAAACCUGAUGACUUCAGAGUUGGUGCUUCCCCUUUUUGGCUAAUUCAGAACUUGAUUGCUCACUGCAUUUGAUCAUUGAUUCCCAUAUCAUUUCUGUAUUUAGGAUUUCUUUUUCUUCCUCUUUUUGGAGAAAUGGAGUUUAAUCGAUUAGGGCUCGUUGUGUUUCAGUAUGAAUGGUGUCCUUACUAUACCUGAUUGUGUUGGAUAAGAAAUAGCAAGUGUUGAUUCUUUAAUUCAUCAUUUUUGGAGAUAGUUUAGGGUUUUUUCAGUUAUGGUUUCUAUGAAUGCAUCGCAUGCACAGAGGGCUGCACUUUCUGGCAAAGAUAAUGAAGUUGGGGGGUUUCCUGUUGAAUCAUUUCUUAAUUCUUUGAAUUCCAUGAAAGAUGCCCUCUUGCCUUUUGAAUUGGGCAUUCAGCGAGCUGCAAAGGAAUUGGAAUCUUGCUGGUUAGGUCCCAAAAAUGGAACGGGGAAUAUGUGGAUGUUGAAAGUUCCUAUCAAGGAGGAGCCCGAUGCCAGCGCUCGGAACUUUUCUGUUAAGAAGAAUGGCCAUGGUGCUGGUGUUUCUUGUUCGAGUAGUGUUCCUUCAGCAUCUAUUGAUGAUAGAAAGAAAAGCUUCACUUUGAAGAUCCCUAUUAAGGCUUGGGGCACACUUUUUCCCAACUCAGGGAGCAACAGUAAAGGGGAAGUCGCAAAGAAGGUCUCAAAAGAGAGGGUGGAGAAAAUAGCAAGUACUGAUUCGUUGUGUGAUUCAUCGGCUGGUAAAGAUGAGUCUUGCACAACUUGCUUGCAAUUUGCCUUGACCUGGUCGCUCCUUCUGAAUAACAUAGCACAGGCAAUUCCAAGUCCUUUCAAAAGUGUGAAAAAAUGUUUCCAAAAGCAAGGAAAUGAUUCCUAUAUGAUUGAUUCUAGACUUCCAAGGACAUCGACACCAUGUAAGAGGAAGCAGCAGAGAACUGAUGGCUAUUCAGUAAAAUGUCAAGACAAUGUUGGGAAUAAAGAAGGAGAAGCCUUUUCCUUUGAGUUUUUAUUGGGUUUGGUAUUUGAUCAUUGGUUACAAAACCUUCACAAGUUUGAUCAGUGCAUUCGAGAUACGAAAUAUGAUCAUGGUGCUCCAAUUAGUGGCAAAGAACAAGAAUUUGUAUCCAAAGACUGUGACAAGAAAGGCGCAGAAUGUUCCCAAACUCACUGUCUUGGGGUCCUGACAAGUAUUUGGAAAGGUAGAAAAGCGGAUGUUGAUGGGUUAUUGGGGAACCUCAGAUUUGCUAGGAUGAAUGGGGUACCAAGUAUGUUGGGUGUGACUACAGUCAAAGAUGAUUGUCAAGAUGAUUCAUGUAGUAGUGGUGGUAGUGACCCAGAGGCCAAUACUCCACAGAAGCAGGCAAUUGGGUUGCUUCAGAUUCCAUUAUCAAAUGUUGAGAGAUUGAAAAGCACACUCUCUACUGUCUCGUUCACUGAAUUGAUUGAUUUAGUCACACAGAUAGGGCGUUCCUCAAAGGAUCAUCCCGAUAAAAAGAAACUUUUUUCAGUACAGGAUUUCUUUAGGUAUACUCAAUCAGAAGGAAGACGUUUUUUUGAAGAACUGGACAGAGAUGGUGAUGGUCAGGUGACACUAGAAGAUCUUGAAAUUGCGAUGAGGAAGAGAAGAUUACCUAAGAGAUAUGCUCGUGACUUUUUGCGUCGGACAAGAAGCCACCUAUUUGCAAAAUCAUUUGGUUGGAAACAGUUCUUAUCCCUAAUGGAACAGAAGGAACCAACAAUGCUCCGGGCUUAUACUACUCUUUGUUUGAGCAAAUCUGGAACCCUACAGAAAAGUCAAAUUGUUGCAUCAUUAAAGAAUGCAGGACUUCCUGCUAAUGAAGAAAAUGCUGUUGCUAUGAUGCGUUUCUUGAAUGCAGACACUGAAGGGUCUAUCUCUUAUGGUCAUUUCCGCAACUUUAUGCUUCUACUUCCGUCAGAUCGCCUUGAAGAUGAUCCUCGGAAUCUCUGGUUUGAAGCAGCAACUGUGGUUGCUGUUGCCCCACCUAUGGAAAUACCUGCUGAAAGUGUUCUAAAGUCUGCAUUGGCAGGGGGACUUGCUUGUGCACUUUCAACUUCUUUAUUGCAUCCGGUUGACACAAUGAAGACUCGUGUGCAAGCAUCAACAUUAUCAUUUCCGGAGCUUAUUGCAAAACUUCCUCAAAUUGGAAUACAAGGUUUAUACAGGGGCUCUAUACCAGCAAUUCUUGGGCAGUUUUCAAGCCACGGAUUGCGGACUGGAAUUUUUGAAGCAAGUAAGUUGGUGUUAGCAAAUGUUGCCCCAAAUGUUCCUGAAAUUCAGGUCCAAUCACUUGCUUCCUUCUGCAGCACCAUCCUAGGAACUGCAGUUAGGAUCCCAUGUGAAGUGUUGAAGCAGAGGCUACAGGCAGGCAUAUUUGAUAAUAUGGGUGAGGCCAUCAUUGGCACCUUGCACCAGGAUGGCUUUAAGGGCUUCUUUCGUGGAACAGGGGCUACGCUCUGUCGUGAGGUUCCUUUCUAUGUUGCUGGUAUGGGGCUCUAUGCAGAAGCCAAAAAGUUUUUUGGUGGUCAUCCAGUUGACGCCCGAACUUACCUCACCAAUGGGCUUCGGCCUCAGCCGAGAUACUCAGCCAAGUUCAAGUAGACUCGACUGAGUCCAAAAACAAUGCAGUGAACAUAUAUUCACUGUCUCAUUGGCCCUUCAUAGCCUUGCACAAUGCCUGCAGCACGGAGCUCACUACUGUGGCUUCAAUUAUUUCCGUAAGUAUAGGGGACGGUUGAGAGCAAUGGAAAUAGUUUCUAUUUGGAAAUUUCAAUAACGUGAUUCAUUUUCUCUUUAUUAACACCCUUGUAUCUUUCCAAAUGAAAAUCACUAGUGGAGCCUCUCUUAGACUUAAUGGAGAAUAAGUAUCCACAAAUUUAAACAAUAUAAAAGCUAAAUGGUGAAAUGAAAGUUCUGUUCAUAUCAUUUCGGUGCUUCCCAACAAACAUUGAGAAAGCAAGCAAUUAUGUCCUGCUACCUUAUGUGUAAAUAGUUCCUAGGACAAAAGAAAAAAGGAGUUUCUUGGCUGUGAGAUGAUCGUCUGUGGCAAAAUGGCAAUUAAUAGUUGUUGUGAGCCCCUUAAUUAGGAGGAAGGUUCUCUGAAGCCUAUUUGUAAGAUUGCGGACGCAAAACUCAGGAGCCCCGCGUGCAGGUUUUGAUGCAAUUUAUUGCAUGGUUCUGAAUUUUCAGAUACAUCACAAUCUAAACCUUACCAUAGAUGAUCACCCGACAAUGUGCUUUAUUACGCAUGUAUUGGCCAGAAUAUUUAGGAAAUAAAUAGAUGCCAUGAAAGUGAUUUCAGAUUCGAUGUUUACUGUAUAUUUCACAUUAAAUGUAUCGACAUUUCAGCAACUCUGUAUCUGCACGUGUGCUAUGUUUGGUUCUAGUAAUUUUUUUAUUUGACUACGUACAGCAAAUGCUUAAAAUAAUCCAAUGAGUGUCG